AUGAGUGCCUCACCUACUGCCUGUCAAGAUCUUGCCAGAUCUGUUCUUGAGAAUAUCUCAGGAAUGAAUGGCGCCCUCAAUGAUACAUCCGACGAUGUGAACGGCGUCGACAACGACGCGAAAAUCAACGAGACACACGAUGGCCACAAUGAUAAGGCCACUACUGAAACCGACAACAAGGCAGCUAGCAUCGCCGAAGCUGUGAAACAAGAAGCAUCCCGUUCGCCAGUCGAAUCCGUUGACGAGCCUCCAUUCUCAUGGCUUCAAUCACACGCUCUUUUCGUUAUCAUCAUGGUCGGCCCCGAGGGCAUGCCUUUCGGUAUCCAAAAGGACUUUCUCUGUGCCAAGUCCUCCUACUACAGGCGCUAUUUUAGAGAAAAGGCGGCAAACAACGAGUCGGUCGAGGACGUAGUCGAGCUCCGCGAUACCUCGGUCGAUGUCUUCGGUUACACCCAGCACUAUCUCUUCACAGGCCAGGUUUACCCUGACACGCCUCCCGAAUACGAGGUUCUUAUCGGCGUUUGGAAGCUUGGACACAGCUUGGGCAUCGACGGCCUCUGCGAUGCCACGAUCGAUGCUAUGAUCGAAUACCGCCGGCUCACAAACUCGAUCCCCGCCACCGCUCUUCUAGUCCAGGUGUGGAACGACACCCCCGAGGGAUCCUCCAUCCGGAAGCUCUUGCUUUCCUGGGCUGCCGAAUACAUGCGGGCCUCUGAAGAUCGUGCAGAGUUCGCCAAGGCGCUGCCCCAAGGAGUUCUGAGUGAGCUGGUAGUCGCUAUGAGCUCGCUGGAUGCAACUCCGGCCCCGGCAGCAACCCCCACCCCGCCUGUCUCUCAGGAAGUCGUUAACUCUGCCCAUCAAGGCUGGCACGAUGCCGUCGCCAAUAGUGAUGGCGAGCAGGUGCGUCCUGCUAAGAAGGCCAGGUACUCUGACGCUGGUACCAACGGUGCUAAGGCCACGCCUACCGGCCGCAAGGGACCCGGUCGGCCCAGCACUACUGGUCCAAAGGCCGGUUACAAGAGGAAGUACAAUGUGGCUAAUGGGGAGGUUGAGCUUACCACCUCGAAGAAGCUGGCGUUCUGCGACGACCUCCUGACUAGGAUGCUCAGCGGCCCAGGCUUCUGGACCCGCCUUGUUGGCCCCUUCCGCGAUCCCGUUAACCCCGAAUCCGACGGUGUGCCCGACUACUUCGAUAAAGUGGCCAAGCCCAUGGACCUGCAGACAAUGAGAGCCAAGAUGGACCGCAACGAGUACACCGACGAGAACGAGUUCCUCGCCGACAUGAACCAGAUUUUCAACAACUGCUACACGUACUGGGCCAAGAAGAGCCCCAUGUGGCAGGCCUGCGAGAGGCUCCAGAAAACAUUCGAGGAGAAGUACUCGCAAAUGCCCAAGUGGAUUGCCAAGAUGGAGGGCCAAGAGGGAUCUAACUAG